GUGGAGUUUUGGGGAGGUUGUUAGGGUGAUGUAGUUUGUAGUGGGAAGGGUUUGAUGGUUGAGAAUUAAGACCAUUUGUUGAAGAAAGAGGUGGUAUUUAAUUUGAAAUUUUUAAGUAUUAAGAAAAUUCAUGUCUAGAAUUAUCUAGAUAGCAGCUUUGACAAAGCCAUAUUUCAAUUUAGGACACAAAUUGUAAAGAGACUACUUGAAGUAAUACUCAAAGACAUUUUAAAACUAACUCUGAAACAGGAGGAUUUGGUGAUAUUGAUGCAGAAGUAUUAUCUAAUCUUACCUGGACAUCUUUGUACUUCGUUCGAAUACCUCAAUACAAGAAAUGUAGAUAUGCUUCGAUCAGCCUUUUACGAAUCCAAACGCUCUAUUCAAUGGAACUACCUAUUCAAACUCACAGAUCACGGAUCAAAUCCCAAAAUUUCCUAAAUUUAACACUUCAACUACCCCA